GCCGCCCAGCCGGCGAGGAAGCGCGGUUUCCUGCGCCGCCGGGACAGAGGGGCGCCCGACGCUCGCCAUGGCCGCGCGCCUCCGCCUGCUGCUGGCUCUGCUCGCGCUGGGCACUUCCCUCCUUCCCCGCGAGACCUUGGCCCAGCCUCUUCCCACUACCGACUCCCCGAAGUCAGAAGGCAGGAUGGUGGACAGCUACGAGGCCAGUGCCCAGCUUUGCUGGGCUGAAUAUAAGGAGUGCAUGGACUCUCUGGAGAAGGACUGGUGCAACUGGACGGUGAUCAGCAUGCCCUACAGCUCCCUCCGCGACUGCCUGGAGGUGGAGGCGGAAGCCUUCAGCCUGGGCUUCCCCAACCCCCUGGCCGAGAGGAUCAUCUUCGAGACCCACCAGCUGCACUUUGCCAACUGCUCUCAGGAACAGCCCACCUUCUGCGACCCCCCGGAAGACGUGCUUCUGGCCAUGAUCAUAGCCCCCAUCUGCCUCAUCCCCUUCUUCGUCACCCUCGUGGUGUGGAGAAGCAAGGGCACCGAGGUGAAAGCCUGAGGUGGCCUCUCCUCUCACCGCCAUCCCACCUCUCGCCGCCACUGCAGAGCCUGGCACUGGGGACCUGGUGUGAGUUUUGUAACCUUCAAAAUAAAACUUUGGUUUUUGUACAGCGUCA